UCUUCACAUUCUCUUCUUAUGUGUUUUCUUGAAUAAAACCUAUCUUCAGAAAUCACAUAAACUCUCUCUUCCAUUGCAAGUCAGCAGACCUCCCACUCUUACUGCAGAGGAGCCCUGGACCUCAAUCUUUUUGACCUCUAUACCAAACCCUUCAUUGUGCAGUUGCAGUCUCAAGGAGAGUCUGACUCCUGCUUUGGCAGCUGUUCUCCCACUUCACUACACCCUUUGAUUCAUGCCAUUGCAUAGUGGCCCUGGAUAAAUGUUUUGCAAGUGGAGGUUAGCCCCUAACCCCGGUAAGACGGUGCUCUAAAAUGUGCAUUGCUCAGUUUUACAGUUGUCCUGGCAAUGUUCUGCAAGCACCAAGAAGGCAAUGCAAGCCCCAUAUCAACAAAUCCCCAUCACUAAUAUCACUGUGGACUUGUGAAUUGUUCUCAAAAACUUGGCUGAGCCUCAGAGGUGCUUUUUUGGGACCUGCUGAUGUCUGUAGCAUGGGCUUAGUGUACAGGGGGCAGCUAUGCUUACAACUCAGUAGACUUGGAGGCUGCUGUCUUGUUUGGAAAGAGGAGUCCUUCUGCUCCAACAGCAAGAACUCAAUGGAAGCCCUGAGCUGUUGCUUACACUGAAGCGAUACCAUCACUCACUGUACUAGGAGACAGUAAAAGCAGCAGCUUUUACAGUGUUGAGAUCAGAGAUAAUUUGCUAUGGUGUGAGGCAGCCUGCUCUGCAAUGUCUAUAUGAACCCAAAAUUGCUGGGAGCAGUUCCACUGAGAUCCCACCCUGAUAAACUGAUGCACCAGUACUGAUUACAAGGCAGGACGGUGAGAUUUUUAUCAGAGCAGGGUGGCAGAAAAACAGGUUUCAAACUUAUUGCUAAAGAGAAAGAGAUUAGAAAAAAAUCCCACGGUUGUUGGGAUAGAGCAGAGGCUUCAGGAAACAACACAUGGAGCAAUUUCCUGACCCAUUUGCCUCCCAGGCCUUUGCUUUUGAGAAUGGAAACAAGGAGCUGCAGGAGGAGAGCUACACUGGGAGUUUUCACACUGUAGUCAGAGGCAUAGGGCACUUCACUGCUCCUGCCAAGAAUCCGGCUUCCUGUAGGGAGAUUUUGAAUGCUGGGUUUGGGAUGUAUCUAGCAGCACAUGGGGCAUCACCCCAGUUUUCUUCCAGUUGAGAAACUUCACAACCUAGAGCAGCAGGUUGGCCUGAGCAGUUACGGGACUGGAGAGUGGGAAGAGGUAAGGGUAGGACAGGAGACAGACUAGUUGUUUGCCAUACGUAUGUAGAAGGAACACAAAUAGCUAUAACUCACAAUGUGGGCAUUCAUACAGCCUGGAUGCUAAACAUACCUGGCUGAUGUUAUUCACAGCACAGUCCUGAGGACGUUCUUUAAGAAUAGGAAUAAUUUUGUCAAGUCUUUAUGAAUAGAGGGGUCACUUUGUCCUACUUCACUGAAAACCUGAUUGUAUCUGUCUGCCCUGUAUCAUUUGUCCUUGUUGCUUUUGUCUGUCUUAAUGGGUGAUAUGGAACAUCCUUCUUAAUGCUAUCUAAUUAUAUCAGUGGUAGAGAAAGAAACAAGGGAUUCUGACAGGUUAAAAUUUCCAUCUAGGGACUGUAUGUUCAUUUUAUCCGUGGUAAGCACAUGUAUUUUAUGGAAUCUUUCAUUCAUCUGUAGGCAAUUCUAUUAACCUCAUUUAGUAUUCCACUACAACAAAACCAGACUUGAUUAGUACGGCUCAAUCUCACACAUUCAUUCCUACAGUCUACGCAACAGCUGGAACUAGACUAAGCCCAGAAUGAUACACAGAACUUCUUUGCACUUUACAAAGUAUCAUUCACUUGAUUUCCUUCAGUGACAGUCGCUAGAAAGGGAAAGUACAACUUACAGUGGAGUAUGUGUCCCUGCAAUAGCCAUCCAGGACAAAAGAACUCCUGCAAGUCUGUUACUCUGACCUGACAUACAUUCAGGAAGACAAAAGAAAAAAGACUUAAAUAAAGAGAGCUUAGAGUUCUUGCAAGGUAAUAUUAACCAACUGGUUUAAACCCCUGGAAAAGAGCCUAGCUGUGUGUAGGCAGAUCUUAGUGCCAAGAUUUUCCUGGCAGUCUCCAAGCCUUGUGGAGAGACAGUAAAUUUGUUCUGUCUGACCUUGUUUAUGGUCCACUGGGGCUGUUUGCUAAUAGGAUAGUUUCUGUCAUUUUCUGCUCUGUUUACACUGCCUUGUGGCAGAGUCUAUGAAAUAUGUUGUCAUAAGUCAUGAAGCGAAGUGAUUUUAGGGCUAAUGCUGUCCAAUGCUUUUCUACCUUUCACCGUCAGGGAAAGGAGUUGAUCUAAUGCCAAAAGGCAUGAACAAAUCAGAUAAUCACAGGAAUAUCAGCUGAUUGAACAAACCCUGCUAUUCAGAUGCCGGAAGUACUUUGGAUUUUUCUUUCUUCGUAGAACCAUAAAAUCACAGAAUGAUAGAAUCAUAGAAUCAUAGAUGCAUGGAAGCAUAGAAUAGUUUCGGUUGGAAGGGAUCGUUAAAGACCAUCUAGUUCCAACUUCCUGCCAUAGGCCAGAGCACCUUCCAGUACAUCAUGUUGCUCAAGGUUCCAUCCAGCCUGACCCAGAGAAGCAAUUUUAGCUUAAAUCCUGUUCUCCAGAGAACUCUCCCACCAGUGGGCACACCAGCCCUCUUCCUGAAGCUGCAUCAUCAGUUCAGCCCUUGGCUGCUGUUACUGUUUCAAGGAAAUGGAAAUUUAGCCAGAAGCAAGCCAAUCCUAUUCUAACUGUUGCAGCAGAUUCAGUAAAAUAAAGCAAGCAGGAUUUUUUUUUCUCUUUAUACUCAGAAUCAUUUCAGGCAGAGAAUAAUUAAGUCAUUAAGAAUCAGUUGCUUCUGAUAGUUCCUGGGAAGGAUGCUUUUUGACUGUGGAUUUGGGGUUGGACUUGAUGAUCUUGAAGAUCUUUUCCAACCUGAGCAACUCUAUGAUUCUAUGAUUCUGAGGACCAGGCAUACUUAUAUGGCAGCUACAGGAUAUUCUGUGUCUCAUGGCCCCAGUCAUGUUUGUCAUGAGUCUACGUGGCUUUUGGAGGUAUAAAAAAAAUUCAUAGUGUUAAUCCCUAAUAAAGCAUUGAAGUCUUGUCUGCAAAGCAUAGAGGCACUGGAGUUUCCCAGCAGAAAAGAAGUGCAAGAAAAAUAUGAGCAUUUUAGAAUGCAAAUAUUUCCCUGAAAACUUAAAAUAUUCACUGUAGUGGGUGUAAAUUCUGAAGAAGGAAAGGAGCAUGAAGACCAACAUGGACUAUGUAACUUCGAAUCUUGUGACACUUCUCCUUACAGCCCCUGUACACCUCUGCCCUUACCCACACGGGGCUGCUUUGAUUAGAUUUAACCUGAUUGCACAUAUACAGUGUUGAUAACAUCCAUUCCCUGUAAACUGUUAGUUAACAAUUACUGAUCUGAAAAUAUCCCUUGUAUUUUCCUGGUUAGUUUUUACAGAGAAUCUAUUUUUAAAUAACAAAGUAAUUGUGCUUUCCUCAGACUAACAGUUUUAAAGAGAACAAUAUAAUUCGUUCUUUUCAUGUAAAUGUCCUUGACUAUGAUUAAUAUCCUGGUUGCAAAAACUCAGCUCAGUGCAGAUGUUUAUGCAAAUGACUUUGCUGUCUUUUUAGGAAAAAGAAUUUCCUUAAUGAAACUAGGUUUUCAGUUCAAUACCACUCCUACUGAUUAAUUUAUCACAAGUGAAUUAGCCUGAUUUAUACAAAUGAGUCUUAUUUAUUUCUCUUAUAUCUGAUUGCUUUCAGUUUCUGUUCCAUAAGUCACCUGGCAACAAACUACUUAUGAUUUAUUACUUUGUAGUUGGGAAACUUCUGUUAACAUCAGUAUGGUGCUCACAUGGAUUGUCUAUUGAGCACUGUGCUUUGCCUGAAUUUUGCAAAUGUCUUAUUAAGGAAAAGUUGCUACAUUAUUUACUCUGUCUCAUAUGGGAAACAUGGACCAGGUGGAAGAUGGUCUGCUGAAAGAAAAUGCGUGAAGGAGAAAAGCAACACUGAAAAAGGUCUGAGUCCUACCCCUCAGGCAAAUCUUAUGGAAGAAAUUUUAAGACAUCUUGACUUCACCUGCCCUGAUUGGAGAUUGUCGCCUUGUGCCACUGCUGGACAUUGUGGUGUGUGUAAUAGCUUUGGUAUACUCAGAGUUGUAGCACUGAUGAUUCAGUAGAGGCAACAAACAGAGGCAAUAUGUUCCAGUCCUCCUACCUGCUUCUAGGUUGGCAGAAUAGAGAAGAUGAUGCUGCGAUCACAACAGAAAGGCCAUGUAGGUAUAGUUUCAAUAUUAAAUUGUUUUGUGGUAGUAUGUUAACAUGAGCCACUGAUGGCAGUGGGAUUUCACUAACAUGCCAGAACAUUAACUGCAGAGCAUAAAGUCAAACACACAGUCUCUUCUUUUUCCUCUGUUGAAAUAGAGGACAGAUGCAUUAGACUAUCUCAGGAAUCUGACAGAAUCCUCAACAUCCCAAAAGUUUACAGUGUCCAAGAUUUGUUUGAGGAAAUGGAUAUGAGCAAUGGAAUAGUGUCAUGAACUUCAUUUUAUUGAAUAUUUUCAUUCGGAGCUAGCUGCUCUGACGUCUUCUUCAUUAUAACUAACAGCAUUAAUCUAUUUAAUAAUAACAGAUGACAAUAUUUUGCGAAGGUUAUUCCUAAUGCUUUUUACUUGUCCUUGGAAACAAAAAGUUUCAGGUGUAAUUCCAAAAUAUCCGCACAAGAAAUUUGGCUGCUGCUUGUAUAAGCUUAUGUCUGCAACAGAAAAAUAAAUAAUGUAAGACAGAAAUUUAAAUUUAAACAGUUAUGAGUAGUAAGACGUCCGCAAGAAGCCAGGUUUGUAGUAUGAUUUUGCCAGCCUCUAUUCUGCAGGUGGAUCCUCCAGUACAGAGUCUCAUAUUCUGGAGAUUAUAGGAAAAGGAGCCCUGUGCCACCAUCUUCUGGUAAAAUCAAUGAAUGGACAUGACAAAUUUUGUCAUUUUUGAAGCCAGAAAGAUCAGUAUCUUUCUGGAUUGCUGUAGUUGUGAUUUUCUUUUGAUGCUUUACAUGCAGAGCUGGUGAAAUGCUGUACUUAAACUGACUAUUGCCACUCGAGUACAUCCUUGAUGUUAUGGCAGCUCAUGUACAGAUCAGCUGUAUAUCAGUGAUAAGGAGUCACAUUAAAUAUUUAAAAUGAUUAGGGGGAAAAAAAGAUACAGAGCAAAUCUGAUAGGAGCAUUGUGCCACUGUUUAAAGCUCUGGAUCAUCCAUGCAUGGGUUAGAUCAGGCAGUUCUGGUCCCAUAAUAACAGAUAAGUUAGAUGAGAUUUGGAAAACUUUUAGAAAAGGGUGAUAAGGUUAAUCAAAAUUCUGGAAUAGUUUUUGUUUGAGGUGAGAGGGAAAAAAAGACAAAAAGCAUUUACAAAAUAAUUUGUAGCAUAGGUUGUGUGAAAGAAGACUGGAAGUUUACCAACCUUCUAAUGCAGGAUCUAGGGACUCUCAUAUACAGCAUGGAGGAGCCAGGUUCAAAGCCAAUAAAAAGUGUUUCUGAACACAGCAGACAGUGUACGUAGAGUGGUACAUCGCAAUGUGAUUCUGCAACCUCAGAGGUCUGCCAGCCCAGAACGUGAUCCUCGUGCAUCUCCUCCCAGGGCUCCGCUGCAUAACAGAUCUGGGUUGAGGGUGCUAUUGAGUGAGAGUGCUCGGAGUCCAAGGAGUCUGAAUGAGCGUUCUAGAGCUAUCUCUUGCACUGCAAACCUCAGGCUUUUCUUGCUGAGAGAGGACAUGAACUAAUAGAAUAGGAAAUGUUGAAAAAAAACUCAUACUUACCCAGGUGCAGCAGACAAAUUCGCUGCUACAGGAUGCAGGCAGCAACACAUUGUGUCCCUCUCAUAUUACAUAGGCACUGGCCCUAGAUAAAUCUGACCUGUAAGCAGGUCCCUUCUCUCUUAGAAAUGUAUUUCUAUAUAAAUGUUGAGUGCUAUAUAUCCAUUACUAUUUCUGUACUGAAUGUAAUGCAGUGGAAACUUAGGUCAACUCCAUUUCUUUGGCAAGCAAAUAACUUUCAGUCCAAAACUUACAAUGAAUAGCAGUUUAAAGAUGCUUCAUUUCAUCAUUUGCCAGUUCUGUAUUUCACCGUCCAUGCUUGAAAAACCUUUCCAAAGUGGUUCUGCAGGAGUCAUUUUAAAGUCUCUUACGAACAAUUACAUUUAAAGGACUUCUGGGCUGAUCUGUUCUAGAUUAAUUAUAUAUGGAGGUAUAGCCGGUCUGUGUUCCCAAGGCAGAUUCAAGAUAGUAAAUCUUUCCAAUCAUUAUUUAUCAAAUCAAAUGUGUUUUAUUUACCAUGUUUUUACUCAAACUUGCUGAAUUUGCUGGCUGAAUAUUUUCUCAAACCAAUUUUAUCACAGUCCUUCAAUAGGUUUUUUAUCAGGUAGAUAGAGUAAAUAUGAGAUUCAGGAGUGUUAGGCUUUUAGGAAUUGAUUUUUAAAAUUCUCUUCUUCGAUGGUAUAUCUCAGAUAAUUCAACAGUAACUGAACUAAAAUGUAUGCUUUCUGGAGAGCACAUAAAAAGCUAAUGAUGAUAAAAAUGGAGAAAUAUCGUUAUUGAAAAAUAACAUAAAAUAUCUUGAUUUUUCAUAAGUAAUUGUAAAGGUGUUGAAAAUAGUAAUGAUAACUAAUGAAAUGGAGUCACAUGAGCUGUGAAAGCUGAGAAAAUUUUACUGUCAUUAUCUCAAACACAAACAAAACAAAAAAAAAUCUUGGUUUCCAGAAGUAAUGGCCUCAAAUCUUCAUGUUUGUAGUCACCUGCUUUCUCUUAGCUAUCCCCCAUAACAAUGCAGUUUAUUGCCAAAUUUCAGUCAAGCCUUCUAGAGAGGUAGGAGGUUGAAUAACCAUUAUGCUACUAUUUGAAAACUGGUGAAAUCCAAGUUUGCUCCUGCUGAGGGGGUAGCAAGCAGGAUUCUUGCUGCUGUAAGUUUUGCUGGCAGCAGCCAGCAGUGUGCACAUGGCAGAGAGACCCAAGUGCUAUUUGGGGGCAAGGUAUAUAAACAUUUGUAUUAUGUCACUUACUGUGGGAUGUGAAGUACUGUGUGUUGACAUCGUGCUCUUAAUCUGCAUUAGGACAGAACAGAACAGAACAGAACAGAACAGAACAGAACAGAGGGAUAAACUCUUAUUUUUAAUAUCAUUAAUUUAUUUGGGCCAUUUUAUUGGCCAAAGAUUAUAAUAGGAUAAUUUGCCUAAAAUAAGGUGCUGGAUACGAAUCCGUCACAUUACUGUAAGAUGAGGUAAAGACAGGCGUUUCUACUUCACCACAGCUUGAUGGAAGGAAUCCUACCUAAAAUUUUUAGCUACCUAAAAUUUAAAAUUAUCACCUCUAAUGAUACGUUCCAAUCUGAUGAUGAAAAUUAUUUUUGCCAAAUUUUAGCAAAACUUUCUAACUUUUAGCAAAAAAUUGUUUAGAACAUGGGAAUUUCAUCAUAUAAAAUCUGGAAAAUAUGCAGUUUUUCAAGUACUCAAAGAAAAGGCUUUCGUAGUUAUUGUUACAUUAAUGAAAGCUCAUAAUUAAAAAUACAAUUUCUUCAGGUUUUGUUUAAUUCAAAUCACAAUGCAUUAAUUGUUGCCAUUGGUUCAGAUUUAACACAAUAAUGAUUAUCUACAGUGGAACUACUCUCAUACUACUCAUAUGACUAGAAUUAAUAGCUCACAUCUUAUGCAUUCAAGUAGCACAUUUAAAAACAAUUCCUUGGGCAUUUGUUUCCUCAGCAUCAUGCUUCUUCUUGGAGAGAAGUCUGUUUCCCAACUCCCAUGUUUGUGCCUGCACCAUUGUCUUUAUGUUCAUCAUUUAGGAGAACUGACCGUCAACAAGACCAAUUAGUGCCAUUCUAAGAAAAUAUGUAUAAGUAUGGAAAACCUUCAGAUUAAUAUUACUGAGGAAGUGUGCUCUCUUUUUCCAGCACACUGAAAUUUUAUUUAGAGGGGGAUUUUUUUAUCUAUCUCCCUCUAAUAUUUUGACAAGGUAGAAAAAUAGAUAACAAAAGGAAAUAAAAUGUAGAGUUCUAAAAGCGAAAAGCACCAGAAAACAGAAAAGAAUAAGUUUUGUCCAUCUUGGGAAAUGAAGAAGGAAUUAUAUGCAUUGUCUUUUAUACAUCUAGUUUUUUGGCAUAGUGAAGCCUGGAAAAUGAAGUCCUCUCUCUGGACAGCUUAGCUACUUGCUAGGCAGCUUGGCAUCACUGAAAUGGUCUCUCUUAAUCCCACAAUGCCUAUAAACCAUAAUAAAUGUUUUUUUUUUUUGUUUGGUUUUUUUUUUUUUUUUUUUUGCUAUUGCAAGCUACAUAAAUACUCUUCCCUACUUUAUAUGUUCUUAGAUAGUAUCAGAAGGCUGCUUGAAUCAGACACAGCUUUCAGUGUCCCUAGGCUGUAAAAAAUCUUUUUGGUUAUUGAGUGAAGAAAAUAAUAAAGAGUAAGGUACAAUGUAGCAAGAACUUUGAUUCUCAGUAGAGACUAUGGAUUCCUGUAUUUUUCUUUUAAAGUUAAGAUGUACUACAGCAAUUCAUUGCAAGCGUGAAGUUCUAGUAAUAGACUGAGAGACUGAGGAUAUAACAUUUUCUAUUACAUACUAAAUGACAUUAGCAAAGUCUGUCUGUUAUAUACCAAGGGACAUUAGUGAAGUAUUGUGGUUACAAGGCCAAACUUUCGGGCUUUAGGAAAUACCAAAAUGAAUACUGUUCAACCUUGAUGUAAUAAAAAUGGCAAAUGGAAUAGACAUCACAUGUUUGCCAUUUAUUUAAUAACAGGGCUGCAGAGACAGUCAGGAGACCUGGACUCUUAUCUCAUUUCUGGGACUGGAUGUACUCUAACGGUUACUAUGCUUCCAUUCUGUACCAAUGUCUGCCUUCUCUUUCCUCUUCCCUGCCUUCUCCAACAUUUAUCAAGAUGUACCAGGUGUGCUUUCUCAUCAUGUUCCCUGCCACACGUUGAAACACAAGGAACUCGAGUGUAUUUUGGGAGGUGUCACCAUCAUCAGGCUCAUAGUCUCUGUACAGUUGUGUCCUGUAACUAUUUAAGUGCUCCUUUAAGUGUUCCCAGGGUGGAACAGUCAGCUUGCCUGCUGUUGCUCCGAAUAAAUUAGCACUGAUUCACUGGGCAGCUGGCCAGGCAUCAGCAUCUUUCCUGGAGUUACAGCUCAUGCCUUUCACACAACAGUGCUGGCAAAGAAAGCUUUCCACCAAGCCCCUUUUUUCUUUCAUACUUGGCUUCUUUUUAUGCUCUUUCUCUCUGUUGGUUUUUGCUUUGUUGGUUUUUUUUAUUUUAUUUUAUUUUAUUUGUGUGUGUGUGUGUGUGUGUGUGUGUGUGUGGUUUGUUUGUGGCUUUGUUUAUUUCUCUCUGCAAAGCCAGGAGGAAAACUCUUCCACACCACCACCUCACUAGUAUCCAGUCACAGGCGAUAGUCAACAGCAACAGGAAGGGGUAAAAGGAAAAUGAAACCCACCUUCUGCUUGUGUUUUCUGCUGGCUGGUUUGUAUUCUGUUGCCCAGUGUUAUCAGCGUCCCCGCUACCACAAUAAGCAGGAUGAUUCUAAAGGAGCACAUUACCCACGUAGCAGUUCUCAUAGCGAAGGAGUUUUUCCAAAUAAAACCAAAACUUUUGUCAAAGUAGUUCACAGCAAUGCUGAUUUUGCAUUUUCAUUUUACAAGCUGGUCACUUCUGAAGCAACUGAUCAAAAUAUUUUCUUUUCACCCAUAAGCAUCUCUGUUUCCCUUGCAAUGCUGGCACUGGGUGCCAAGUCAGCAACGCUGACACAGAUUCUGGAAGGGCUUGCCUUUAACCUGAAAAAGACUCAGGAGCAGGAAAUACAUGAAGGUUUUUGCCAGCUCCUCCACAUGCUGAACCAUUCAGACAGCAAUCUCCACCUAAGCCUGGGCAACGCCCUAUUCAUAGAAGAGACGCUGAAACCAGUACAGAAGUUCUUGGAUGAUGUCAAAAACUUUUACGAGUCUGAAGUCCUUUCUGCUGACUUUAACAAUUCCUCUGGUGCCGAGAACCGAAUCAACAGUUAUAUUGAAGAAAAGACAAAUGGGAAAAUUGUUAAACUAGUAGAAAAUCUUGAUCCUCUCACUGCAGUGGUUCUUGUUAACUAUGUCUUCUUUAAAGCUUAUUGGGAGAAACCCUUCAGUGAUUUGUAUACAAAAAAAGAAGAUUUUUUUGUGGAUCGGAAAACGUCUGUAAAAGUUGACAUGAUGUAUCGGAAGGGUUACUACAGAAAUCACUUUGAUGAAGAGCUGUCCUGCUGGCUGGUUCAGAUUCCUUACAAUGGAAAUGCUGCAGCAUUAUUUGUUUUACCUGAUGAAGGGAAGAUGAAACAGGUGGAAGAUGCUCUUUUGAAAAGAACUGUGUCCAAAUGGGAAAAACUCCUCAAAGAUAGAAAAAUACAUCUACAUAUUCCAAAAUUUUCUAUUUCUGGUACCUACGAUGUGAAAAAGAUAGUCAGAGAAGUGGGUAUAAUUGAUCUAUUCACUGAACAAGCUGAUCUGUCAGGAAUUACUCAGGACCCUGGACUGAUGGUUUCAAAAGUGAUCCACAGAGCUAUGCUAAAUGUUCAUGAGAAUGGCACUGAAGCAGCAGGAGUCACAGUGAUGGAGAUUACAUGGAGAUCUGGCGAUUUUUCUCGUCCUCCUCGAGUCAGAUUCAACAGGCCCUUUCUCCUGAUGAUUUUGGAUAAAUACACCCACACCAUCCUAUUCAUUGGGAAAAUUGUAAAUCCACUGAAAAAUAACUGAUUGGCCAGAGGACAGGCACUUCUGCACAUAGCUGCCUAAGUUCCUGUGAUCCAGUAAUAACUUUGCAUACACCACUGUGUACUGGUGUCUUUCAACUGUUGUUAUUAUGUACCUUAACCUCUUACACGCCUUAUUAUGUACAUUAACCCCUUAAAAGCAAAAACUAGUUUUUCUUGUCCAAAAGACACACAAAGGUAUUUCUCUCCUGGUCUACAGCUGUAUGUAACUUGUAUUGUCAACAAAGUAUGGGUCACUUUUCAGCUGUUUUGUAAUAAUCCCUUCCUGACAUUCUCCACUGGAGUAUAUGAGGUGAUUUGAAGCCCCUUUCAUGGAUGAUGUAGCUUACAUUCACAGUGUGUGCAGGGGAGUGAAGGAGAAGAGAAACAGGGAAAAAGAAAUGGAAGGUAUAUGUCUCAUCUGUUUAAUCCACUGACCGUAGAUAACUGAUGCUAAAUGCGAAGUCUCUUAAUAUUGAAGUGAAUUUUCAUUUUCUUUGUAGUUUCUAUUUGUUUGUUUUCUUUGUCGGUUAGUUGGCUGGCUUGAUUUGAUUUUGUUUUGUUUUUAUUAGAAUGAAGUUACAGCAUCUCUGACUGAGACACUGGAAUACACGAUGAUGUAAAGGGUUGACCAGUACAGCUGGUUUAGCUGUUGUCUUCUCCUUGUGAAAGCCCUAUUCAUGCAGACAAGAACAUUGUUUUUCAUUACUGGGGUAUUGCCAAUGUCCUGAGAUAAAAUAAAUGGUGGAACAUUCCAUAUUAUA